AUGGACAAGGCGCUCUACGAUGCCACUGUCAAAGAGGUGCGUAAAGGGUUCAUUGAAGGCCCUGUGAGUUUUUGUGAUGUGCUUGAAGCAACUUCCCUGACCAAAAGGUUCCCUGUGCGGCAGAAAAAUAAGAUCAGGCCUAUCGAUGAAUAUCGAGCCUCGAUGGUAAACAGUGCAAUGACCCAGCCGGAAGCUGUGUCCAUCUACACAAUUGACCACAUUUCCGCCAUGGUUAGCUAUUGGUUGAAAGCUCUUCAUGGCCAAGACCAAUCCGUGCAGCUGGUUUCCAAGUGCUGGGAUUUGGCUGACGCGUACAAACAGGUUCCGAUAUCUGAAGAGUCGUUUGAGUAUGGAGCCUUUCUAGUGGUUUACAACCCAGCCACCUAG